GGGCAUGUGAGCAGUGCAGACGACAAACAAUGAAGAGAGCAGAGUAGUGGGAACCAGAAGAGGAGCAACAUCUGAAGCACAAAAACCAUCCCUAGCCCCUGCACCACAUUUCAACCUCUUUCUCACCUGCGGGACACAAGAGCUGGGAGUGGAACGUAUUCAUCUACACUGGAUGUGCAGGCUUCUUCUGGCUUCUCCGUUUGUGAAUGACUGGGACUGAUGUGGGUCAUGCAGUACUACUGGAGGAGCGAAAGAUAAACAACCCCCACCUAGGACUACCCUUGAGCCUUCCGCCAGAGGAGAGAUGAUCCGAGCUCGCACACCGCAGCACCCAUCAUGAUGCGCUCACCGCAUCCGCCUCCGGACGAGUAGUCUCAAACCUUUCAAGGAACAGGAUGAGAGUCAACUGAGGGAGCACAUCCGCACUUUUCAGCAAGUCUGUCUGUCAUCCAAAGCUUUGAGAUUUUUUUGGAGGGACCUGCCCAGGAUUCUUUGGAUUUUCUUUUGUUGAUUUUUUUUUUAAACUUUUUAAAAAAUUUUACCUGUGUGCUUCAGGUUCGUGCAGUCUCCAGAGGUUCAGUGCAGUGCAGAGAAUGCAGGACCAUGGAGGAGAGAGACAAGUCCCCAGCAGUCUGCCGCCCGGCGUCAAGGCCAGCCUGUCUCUUUCUCCAACCGGGCCGGGACGGGUGGGCAGCGGCGGGAGCUCCCCGACAUCCAAAAUGGCCCCCGGUGGAGUCGGGGUGCCCGUGGAGGACAUGCAAGCAUUAGCCAUCACCACGCUUUCCGCCGCGGACGUCAGCAAACAAUUUGAGCAGAUUCGCGAGCUUGGCAAGGGCACGUAUGGCAAAGUGGACCUGGUGGCCCACAGGAGUCAAGGCACUAAAAUGGCGCUGAAGUUUGUGACCAAAAACAAGACCAAGCUCAAGAGUUUCCUGCGGGAGUACAGUCUAACGGGCUCGCUUAGCUCAAGCCCGUUCAUCAUCAAAGUCUUGGACGUGCUCUUUGAGACGGAGGAUUGCUACGUAUUUGGACAAGAAUACGCUCCCGCCGGGGACCUCUUUGACAUCAUUCCCCCGCAGGUGGGCCUGCCGGAAGAAAUGGUCAAACGCUGCAUGCAACAACUCGGUCUGGCCCUGGAUUUCAUGCACAGUAAAAGCUUGGUGCACAGGGACGUCAAGCCGGAAAACGUGCUGCUCUUCGACCGCGAGUGUCGCCGCAUCAAGCUGGCAGACUUCGGCAUGACCCGCCGGGUGGGCUGCCGCGUGAAGAGGGUGAGCGGCACCAUUCCCUACACGGCUCCGGAGGUGUGCCGGGCCAGCCGCGCCGAGGGCUUCCUGGUCACCGCCAGCCUGGACGUGUGGGCUUUCGGAGUUCUGGUCUUCUGCAUGCUCACGGGAAACUUCCCCUGGGAGGCGGCGCUGCUAACCGACGCCUUCUACGAGGAGUUUCGGCGCUGGCAGAAAGCCGGGUGCCCCGUGGGAACGUAUCCGUCUCAGUGGCGCCGAUUCAGCGACGACGCCCUGCGAAUGUUCCAGAGGCUUCUCGCUGCCGAGCCGGAAAAACGGUGCGGGGUCAAGGACAUCUUCUGCUUUGUCAAAUACGAGCUCGUGAGCGAGCUCAGGCGCAGAGCGUCCUAUCGCGCCAAGCGAGGCGAACGCUCCGGAUCGGGGGUGUGCACCGGCAACUGCGCUUCAUCUUCAUCCACUUCUUCCUCCUCCUCUUCCUCCUCCACCUCCUCCUCCACCUCCUCCUCACGCAGCUCCCACAGACACCCGGAGCCCUCAACGCCUCCCGGAACCUCCUGCCUUCGCCCGGCUCCCCUCAAACGGAGCGUCCUCUCUGACCAUCGAGAAGAAGCCGGACAGCAACAGCCUCCGGGACGCGACAAGAACAAAAGCCAGAUGGUGAUGGCCACUGCCAUUGAAAUCUGUGUGUAACCGCGUGACUUUUUGCAAAGUGCUUUCUAGAUGUAAAGUCCGUCUGAAAAGGCAGUUGAAGAGCUUAGAUCAGCCCGGACUGAGGUCAAAGGUCGUUUAGGUUGGCAGCCGAGAGUGCUACCGCGCCAAGAGAAGCGAAGCGUCCGGCUCGGGAAUGUGCAAUGGCAACUGCGCUUUGACUUUGUCCACUUCUUCUUCCUCCUUACGCACCUUCCCCAGACCCCCCGUAGCCUCCCACGCCUCCCGGAACCUCCUGCCUCCGUCCAGCUCCGUUCAAACGGAGCGUCCUCUCUUUCCCCGGAGAGGAAGUUGGACCGUAGCGGUCUCCGGGACAGGAACAAGAAGCCAACGCUGUUUGAAAACUGAGCACACUUCCUUCCAUCCAUCCGCUUUCUAGAGAGAACCGCUAAAUCUGCUCGGGGGUCCGUCAAGCGACAGGAGCCAGUCCAGGGCUGCCCUGGACUUCACCGUCCACUGCACGACCACACUUCAGAUCAUCAAACGGGACCUCCGCGUAGCAUUGCGUACGAGGCACCGCGUCUCGCUAACGUGCGCCACCUCAGGACACUUGAGUGGACGGCUUGCCGUUUUAUGACUCAUCCAUUCCGGUAAAUCCGUUGCGGCCGUUGGACUGCUGAGCUCCAUUUACGGGAACAUUUUAUGGGCGCCGAGGUGCAAGCAACAAGGAGAGAAUAUGUUUUAAUAUUUUUUUUUGCUAUUCGCGCGCGUGUGUGUGAGUGUGUGUCCGUGUGAGGUUUCCAAUACGAAAGCACAAUUUUUUUUUUUUAAAGGAUGAGGAAUCUCACUCCAUAUUGUAGACGUAUUUGGUAUUUAAAACAACAAAAAGUGCUCCGUCACAUCAGGUAGUUCAACUAUGUAGCUGUACUCGUUUUUUUAAAAUCAGGGGACUUGGUCAGGUUAACGCAUCGUAUGUAGCAACUCAACCGGGACGGCGCGUGCAGUACGGAGAUACUCCUUUAGCGAACCUUGAAAUAGAAUCUAUGAAGAUGCGUGACACGGUAGCUGCUGCUUUUCCGUCAACGAGGAGUGUUUGAUUUGUUUGUACAGUACACUUCCGUUCGUAAACUGGCGGGGGUUCCCUCUUUAUGUAAUUGGAGCGCCAGGUCGGAAUUGUUUGAAACACCGGAAAUCACGCGGCUACGUCGGCUGGGAUGUUUGUUUUUUUUCCCGCGAGCGAUGGUAAAAACCACUCGAAUCGCAAAUCGCCGCAAAGCUAGCAAGAUGUUUUUUGUUUUUUUUUUACUCGUGUCUGUGAGUUCGUUGGGGUUCAAUCAAAGGGAGAGCCGCUCAGUUAACUCUUAUUUCUUUUGUUGUUAAAAUACAGGAAAGCCAACUUCCACAAAAGCAAAACUUUUCGUCAAAUGGCGCCUUGAAAUGUUGAGUUCACCCAACUUUUUUUUUUUUUACAGUGUACGCCGCAUCCAGAAACUCAUCACAGUGCUUCACUUAAAAAAAAAAAAAAAAAAAACAAUUCUCAAAAGGACUGAUUUGAUCCUUCUCUUCAGGCUCCAAACAGCCUCCGCUAAUUACAGGAAAGCAGCGUGAGAAUCCUUCAGCGUGCGCUCGUGACCGCGCUCGUCCUUCUUUUUCCGCGCGGGGACCCGCUCAUGUUUGUGCCGGGUGUUGUUUUCAUCAUCCCUCGUCACCCCCCCCCCCCCAACCCCCUCUAAGUCUUCGCGCUGACAGCCCAUCAGCUCUGUUGCUAUAGCGACAAUGCCACACUGCCGCCGUCGUCGGGCUUCUAUCCUCCUCGGGUCUAAUUGAGCCCAAAUUAAACGAAUUUGCUGGCGCGCACGGCCGUUCGAAACAAUUGCUCGGUUUAUUUCUGUGAAUGCGACCGGAAGAGAUCAAGAUAAAAUCGUUAUCAGUUGUCCAUCAAGUCUCAUUCGAAUGUCAAGAUUAUUUUUUUUUUUUGAUGAGCUACAGUCCUAUGCCUUUUGCAGUCAUUGGAAUUUGAAUGCUCCCGAGCUGUAAAAAGUUAAAAACUGUCUUACUUCAAAAAGUGGCCUCCAGUCAUCCACACCUCCUCGCUAUCCGAUGCCCCCUCUGGAAAAAAAUAAAGAGUUGGUGCAACCUCGGUAGCUGCAAUAAUAUUUUCUAUGGCCGGUUAAUUUCCCCCAAGCACUAAAAGUUCGCUUGGGUGCACUACAUAUGGAUUUGGUUGGCGGGUGUGUAGGCGGGAAAUUGAAAUAGCUCCAAAAAUAGACACCACCUUCUUCCGAUAACCACCGUAUUCAUUUAUAUGAAGAACGGCUUCUCAAAUAGAUACUUCCUUCAAAUAAACACCCGGUUGCGCAUACGGACACUUCCCGUCGCAAUUGGAGGACACGUACCACCAAAACGUACAAAUAAAAGGCCUCCUCCCGACUGUUUUACAAACAUAUUGCGGCAUCACGUAACCUCCGCUAAUUGCGACGUGUUUCCGAGGCUGUCGACUGGGGUGGGUGGUGGGGAGGGGGGGCAUCUAAAAGACAAAUGGAUAGCGGCUCACCUUGACCUUCCAAUUCCGACGCGUCGCCAGUCGGACGAGCGAGACGUUUGCAAUUAGCCUGGGCGUCCGUGUUGUUCGCCGGGUUUAUUUGCAUCCGUGUAAAAGGUCAGGAUGACCUGCACUGCAGGUGCACGUUAUACACGUUAUGUAAUUAUUAAAAAAGGUGCUGCGAGCCACUAAGCGAUGCAAAGACGUCUUACGUGAGCAUCGUUGUUCCGGACUGUUCGCGGACGAACUCAAAUGCUUUGUAUGGGGUAAAUAAUAAAACAUUUUCAGACCAAUUCAGCAAAAUUUGAUCAUUUUUUUGUGACACACGUGUUGGUACGUAUUGGUUGGGUAUUAUUGCAAUAAGCAAAACCUUUUUUUUUUGUUUUUUUUGGCAGAGAUAGUUGUUGUAACUUGUAAAUACUCUGUGUCUUUAAUAAAAAUGAGAAAGAUGUUAAUAUAUGUUGAAAUAAAAUACAGUCGUGCGCCACUU